AUGGCAUCACGGCCGCGACGGGCGAGCUCCGCAGCGACACAUGGCCGGCGAUCGUCAAUAUAUUCACGAGCAGCCGAAGGUGGCGAUUAUCUUGAAGGUGUAGACAGAGGUGCUGGAUCCAAGGCGCGGCGACUGUCCGUACAUCUUCCGGACGAAUUGCAGGUGGAUGAGUGCAAGUUGGAGGAGCAUUUCAAUCUGAUUGCGCGCAAAACUCAAAAAGACAUUGGCGAGGGCGGCGCAGCAAUCGUAAAGCUCAUGAAGAGCAAAACCGCUGGAAACAGUGAAAAGCACGACAAGGUCUUCGCCGUGAAAGAAUUCCGACCGCGUGACCCCGAGGAAGAAGAACAGCGUGACUAUGAACGCAAAAUCAAAUCCGAAUACGCCAUUUCCAAAUCGUUACAACAUCCGAACAUCGUGGAGACCUACCAUUUGUGCCACUCAGGGGAGAAGUGGUAUCACGUUAUGGAGUACUGCGAAUUGGGAGAUUUGAACGACCUGAUCAACCGGAAUUACUUUUCACGGGAAGAUCGAAAUUGCAUGUUCAAGCAGCUGGUCAGAGGAGUGGACUACUUGCAUCAACGAGGAAUUGCGCAUCGAGAUUUGAAGUCGGAGAAUCUGCUGGUGGACAAGAAUGGUUGUCUGAAGAUUGCAGACUUUGGCACAGCAGAAGUCUUCGUCGGCCAACAUCCAGGACUUCGCAACUGUAGAAGACAGAGCAUCAUCGACCCCGAAGAACCCAUCAGACUUUGCGAGCCCGGCUGGGUCGGCAGCAGACCUUAUAUGGCGCCUGAAAUUUACCAACGGAAAGGAGACUACGAUCCACGUGCAGUGGACGUCUGGUCGUGCGCAAUCGUCUACCUGACGCUUUGCUUCGGCGGCAACCCCUGGGAUCACGCCAGUCCGGAUUGCAAGAACUUCAACAUCUACUGCGACACGUGGGAUCAAUGGCUGGACAAGUACCCCGACGGCCAGAUCCGGAACAACCGCGAGUUGCCGGCAUUCGUCUACACGAAGCAAUUCAUGAUGCUCGACGACGUCGGAACCAAGCGGAUGGUGUUCGGCAUGCUGCACCCGGAUCCCAACAACCGGUGGACGAUCCACGACGUGCUCGACUGCAAGACGGUCAUCGAGUACGCGUGCUGCCAGCAGGAAGGAUACAGCGACGACAUCAAGAAACGACAGAAGAAGGCGUUGCAUAACCACGUCCCGCCGAAGCAGAAGUCACACUUGAAGGGCAAGUCAUAG